AUGCUGGAGGCUGUGAGAAUCUGGGGCCGUCAUGGUUCCGCCACAAGGUGGAUGCCCCAACAGAGAGCAGCCAGAGCAGUUGAGUCUAUUCUACUGUGUGAGCAGCCGCACAGAAGUCUGGCGACGCAGUGUGGAUGCUGGCUGGUGACCUUCACAUCAAACCAGUCUCAAACCCCAAAAUAUCAUCGGCUUGCCACAUCAGUCAGCACAAGGAACCUAGGAAGAUCACUUCAUCGGCUCGUCUGA